AUGGCACUUAGUCCACUUCUUCCGUCCAGCACUGAUCCCCCAAGGCCACGAGCUCAGUGCCUCCGAGUGGCACUUUAUCUCAGCUUGGAGCUCUUCACUGGGAUCCACCACGUCAUUCGAGUAUUGAAAGUGCCACGGGAUGGAGAUCUGCGUGAGCUAGCUCAAAUUGUUGCUCGAAGGUUUCAAGCAGACUUACGUGCUCGAGUACCGCCAGAGCCAGUAGCGACGUCAUUGGAUAAUGAGGCCUUCCUACGCGAGGAAUCUCUUCAAGAGCUUGACAACCCGGUGCUCCCGCUCUCAAUAUCGAGUAGUUAG